CUGGCUUCGUGUUCUCUUCUGAGAUUCUCGAGUCAUUUGUUUGCACUGUCUUUACUUUUUCUUCCUGUAAAACAACUGCAUACCGGCGCCAGAUCUUUGGAUAUGCUUGCUGUUCCAAACCCUUGGAACCCGAAUCGAUCCAUCCAGUAACCGCUAAGCGAGCCGUGAAUCAACCAACGACGAUCGACCCCAGUCUCGGAUAAAGUGAAGAUCGAGCAAGUCUUCAACGGCGCCAGCACGUGCACAUACCGCCCAUGUUCCGAACGAAGAAAGAUUUCAAUGAAGAAUACUUGAAGAUUCAAGCCGAUUGCAUAUCGACAAGAGAAGCCUCAUUGCGCAUAUCACAACUAUCAAACGCGAUCAUUCCUGGCCAAAAAGGCACAUACGAGGAGCCGGCGCGACGAAACGAGCCUUUUCGGUUUCAGUACAGCCAUGAAGUCCAAGCAACGACGUCAAAAAGAGCCCGAAGAUCGACAGAGAAUGAUAUACCCUGCAAGAGGAAGUGCUCUCAGUCAAUACCAGGAGGAAGUUCAGGGUCCCUAUCAACCGCACCCUGGCUAUGAGCAGCAGCCACCCCAAUGGCAAGGAGCGUGGAAUGGAGAGGGCGAACAAGUCUGGAGGGAAGCAAGACAUAUGGAACCAGGUACGUGUAAAGCGAUGCCAGGUAUGGCAACGGUGCCAGCAGCAGCAGCAGCAGCAUCAUCAUCAUCUCAUACCAGCGGGUGCGUAUGAUACGUCCAUCCGGGCAAUUUCUGGUACCGACCAGAUGGCGACGAUCUUGAACGCAAGAAACGCCGAUCCCUUGUUGUCAGCAUGCGUUAGCAUAUGCGGUCAUGCCACCUACGAGCGAUGAUGGGGGCAACAAUAGCAGAGCCAGCAACAGAAAGAGCAGACGGUGAGCACAAGGCAGCCAGUUGACUCGACCCGCACAAUUUGCGACACUUCUCGAGGAGCCGAAGCUAUACAAGAAAUUGUUGUGGGCACAGAUCAGAAAAAUGACCGAGGUCAGGGCCAAUAGCCAGAUCAGCGAAGAGACCCGGACCAUCAAGCCAGGUACCAUUUCCGGGUGGAUCGACGUCACUUUUUCACCGACCACAUUUUAGGCUUCUUGUGGCCCUUUUUGGCGGCCGGGGAGGCGUCGUCUUAGCUAAGUAAAGACCCUUGUCCCGUCCAGACCACACAAACAGCGACAACAUCAGCUUGCGGGCUUGUCCUUGGCGGGUGAAGAAUGGUGUGAUGCUGAUGCUGAUGAGCAUGCUGCAGGUCAGCUCUCUACAGCUUCAGCUCUUCCCGAAACCAUGCGCAAGAAAAGGGCGCCCUAUGGGGCAUUGUUGAUGCCUGAUGGGCCUUGUCGAUGCUUGUUCCCGAAAACGCAGAUUUCCACACCAUGAUCGAAUCCCGCCUAUCACCCACCAUCCACUCACUGGCAUCCCUGGCGCAUCUGGCCCCAGCUCCAAGGCUCUUUUUGGUCGUGCUGUCUGUGGCCAUCCCUGUUCGUGGCCGCGAGUGGCUGCAGCAAGUCUCUGUGUCAUACCUGCUGCUGCUGGUUCCUGCUUGUUGGCGGCUCCCCUGCUCCCCGGAAAGCGAAUGCUGUCCACGUCGGUCGACUAUCGCAUCGCAUCCGCAUGAAUCCACACUUUCUGCAUCCUCAAUCCACGUCGCCUCCCCUUACCCUCGUCACUUUGCAUUCGUAUUUGCACUGUUGACAACAUACUGGCUUCAAUGCUGCUGCAAGCACGUUGAUGCUUCGAUCUUCUCCUCUCCAGUCCUUGACAAUCCAAGCUAACCUCGGAUUUUUCCUCCUACAGUUGCGGCAGUAUCCACCCUCGAAUUUACGCAACUGCCUCCGCAUCAUCACUACCCUCCAUACCCCUUCCCGGUUGACGACCAUCACCCUUCCCAUCCCCUUGUACAUCCGCAACAACAGGUAUCUGCCGUAAUGGCGAUGCCAGGUCAUUCUCCUCCUUACAACACUCCUUCUAGUCCGCCACGAUCGUUCACAGGCUACCCAGACCCCCAGAACUCACACCCCAUGUACGGCCCUUCUUCGCGACCAAUGUUGCCGCCCUCACCACAGCAUUAUCCUCCUCCCAGAUUUUCUCAACCUCCUCUACCUCAUCCUUCACCUGCGGUGACCACAAACAAUGGUCCUCCGCCACCCCACAAGAGACCGGGAAGUAGUAUGUCGAUAUCGUCCAUGUUGGGUGGAGAACCAGAAAAACCGGCACAUGACCAUUACCACGGUCAUGGCCAACCAUCGAGAACACCUUCGCGACAACCAUCGACCUCCGGCCCGCCUAUGUCACUCGGCGCAGUCAUGUCCCCUCCACAAUACCCCUCCAAACCAAACGUUGGUGAAUACUCCUACAGACCACGGUCGAAAACACCGGACCGAGUUGGGAACACAGUAUUUGGGUCAAGACAGCAUCGUUCGAGUUCGGGCACAAUGACACAAAGACCCGGCCCUUUCUACGAGACGCAAGCACGAACCGGACCAUCAACAAACGCGUACCCGUCACCUUCCUUUGGGCCUGCGAUGCCUCCGAAAGAUGAGUUCGACGAGCGCACUCGUCGUACAAGCAUAAGUGGCAUCCUACAAAGACCUGAGAGUCAACCACAACCAAGCCUUGCGACGGCCUUUCCUCCCGCGCCUCCUCCGCCAACCCGUCCAGAGAGUAUUCCUCCAUCUCUCGCGCACCUGGACCGACACGGACAGUCAUCAAUGAACGGCCCUGAGCCUCCACGCCACAAUGGUUUUGUCGGACCAUAUGAUACACGUCCACCAAGUCUGCCGCGACCCCUGCACAAUGCGCCUCUCUCCCAGCCUACAUCCGCUCCGGCAGAACGACCUUUCAAGCAAUCACAAUCCCCUGAAUUGCGACGCCCACAGUUGAAUGGCAAUGACAGUCGACCAUAUGCAAGUCUUUUUGGCCCUCAGGCUGACCCUGGGUUUGGUGCACAGAAUAUGAUGCGACAAGACUCGGUUCAAUCACAAAGCGAUCGAUCAGUAUUUGGAGACCGACUACGUAACCGAGCUUACUCUCCUUUCGCUGGGUCCGUCGCCUCACAAUCGGGUGGAUUGGAGGAACAAGCCCGUAAAGGCAGCGAUGAGUUGUCGCAGCACAGAGCCAUUCUAGGCUUGGCAAAUGAAUCCAAGCGAGGAAGAUACUCUCCUCUUCCCCAGGCUGUGCAAGGAGCCCAAGCGCAAACCCCGGCACCGGAUGCAGGCAUCAAAACUGAACACGGUCGUGUGUUCUCUGGCAUCGGAAGCAGCUUGAGUACCACAUCUGCAAACCCAACACCUACACCACAGCCCCUACCUGCAAGUCCGUUCAAGCAGAACGAGGGUGGUGCCCGCUUGAGUGAAGAGAACCUGAUGAAGAUGUCUCGAAGUGCCUCUGGAGUGGGCAAACGGAAUCGCAAGGCCUUUGACGAUGAAGUUCGGGCUGAAAGUGAAGUAGGGGAUGUCAAGAAAUCGGCACCAGGCCGAGGCAAGAGGAGCAAAUAUCAGCACUCCUACAAACUGGAUUUAGAGGAGUCCACACGGAAGAACGGCCUCAGCACAAUCCGCCGGACCGGCACUCCAACCUCUCAUCCUUCUCUGCAUCCUCAUCACCGAAUCCAACGUCAGACCUCCGCAGCAGAUCAUCCUUCACUUUUUAGGCCAAAGAAAGUCAUCAGGAUUUCAAAUGUCGUCGCUUUGGCCCGAAGGAGCAAACGACGGCAUCUGGGAUUCUUCAAGUACGACCCUGAAGUCACUCCUGUCGACGUCAACAAGCCAAUCUCUCAGAAGUUCGAUAUCUCUAUUAAACCCAAUCUACUCCCCUCCUUUACUGAUGCAGAACACGUCAACUGUACUUAUACCGUCCGUGUACCUCGAAUAUGGCUACAAGAGCGGGAAAGAGGAUUGAUCUGCGCUGAGAGGUAUCUUUGGGGCUCCGGAAUAUACACAGAUGACUCCGAUCCUGUGGCCGCAGCUAUGCAUUCUGGAUUUAUCACCUCGGUACACCCGGCGAGUGUCGACGAAGCCUUGCUGGAGAAAGUCCUUGAAGAGCAGACUCCCAGGAUUGAAGGCAGCCCCGCACCUGAUCGACCCAAACCCAUUGAUGAGAACAAGGAUCUGCACAUUACGCUCUUGGUAUUGCCCCAGUUGGAGAAUUAUGUCGAAAGUGCACGAUUCGGGAUCAAAUCCCGUGCUUGGUCGGAGGAACCAGAAGCAGGCCCCUCCUCACCAAGUACAGUUCAAUCAAGCAAGACGCCACACGAUGGCGUGAGUUUCAUGGUGCUCAAGUGCGAGGCCGUCGAUGAUGGUGUUGAGGUCAAACGUGUUGGCCGCACAGGCAAGGAGAAACGUGAACGACUGUAUCGAGAAUUGAUGGAGCGUAAGCGUGGGUUUGAGCUUGAGAAGGAGAGACUUGCAAGAGCCGCGCUUCACGCAAGAGACAGGAAAGAGGAGAUGAAGCGUGCUAAGAAAACAGGGGCGACGGCCUUGCAGAAGAGUUUUAGCAGUCUGGGAGUCCAUGAGGGUGGCGACGGGGAGAAGAAGCCAGUCAGCGAUGCCGCUGAAGGUGAAAAUCGCGCGAAACACGAUCCUCAGAAAGUGCCAGAAUCGGACGUUGGACAGAGUCCGGGAGAUUGGAUUCGGCAGCUCGCUGUCGCUGCUGCAUGAAGCACAGUGCCAGAAGGCCAACAGCUCUGGGUCAAUGACCGGCGAUGAAGUCUAAUCUUUUGCAGGCAACAUUUUUGUAUAAUAAUGACCCAUCUCAUGAACUCCAAUUUGAUCAAUCUUUGGCCUCAA